ACCAGUUUAGUCAAAAUACACCAGUCACGACGGUGUUUCAAUCGUGUGCCGUUCAGCACUUCAGAAUAUUGUGUGGGUGGUUUUUUUCUUCUUUCAAAUACACCAAAAAAAAAAAAACAGUUGUCAAAAUGAGCUACUCACAAGAUACCUGGCUUGAUAGUCUUAUAAAACAUUCAAUUUUUGAAUUGAAUCAACAAGAAAAAUUAGUUGUUCAAUCGUUGGAGAUUAAUCAAACACGUCAACAACCCGUGACUGACUUUAUACUUCAACACCACAAUCGUGUUAUUGCUUUAAGAGACAAUGAUCUCUUUGUUGCCGUUGGAAAGCAAAUUAGAGUGCUGAACUUGACUGAAUUUAAGGACACUUGGGUUGAAGUUUCUCAGGAGGUUCAAGACCAAGGCAUUGCCUUAUUUGAAAACUGGAUUCAUUCAGUUCCCUACAAAGUAUUAGAUACGCCUGAAAUCAACUUUUAUAUUGAAUCUAUGGUGCCUAAUAUCAAUGGCAGACUUUUAGCAGUAACUGGAAAUUCAGGCUUGGUGAUCGUCUGUUUACCCAGACAAGGUUUUUCGGACGUUUCUCAUUCUAGAAGAAAGAUCGAUUGCCGAACUUUAUCAAUCGGUACAAAAUAUUACGACUUUUCAAGAAACGAAAUUCUCAAAGUAGAGUGGCACCCAUUGAGUGAAACACGUACCCAUAUCGUAGUUCUUGGUAGUGAUAAUAUGCUGCGUAUCUUUGACGUUAGUGUAGAUAUCGAGGAACCUGAGCAGACUUUUGAUUUAUCUCCUAAUGAAAAGUCCGAAAAGAGCAGCCAAGGUGGAUUUUCUUUGGAUGACGAUGAAAGUGGAGAAGAGGAUGCUGUCACAUUCAGUCUCGGUAAUAUUAGUCGAGAUACAAGCGGAUGGGAGCCAUUUACCGUGUUCUAUGCUCUUCGCAGCGGUCACAUCUAUUCACUUUGUCCUGUGAUCCCUUUCAAAAGCGUUAUUCGCCGUGGUCAUUUAGACAAUCUUUCGUGUCUUUCUCAAGUGAAGUACGAGCAGUCCAAGUCCAACAACAAAACUUUGUCUCACCUUUUCAGUCUCCACAAUCAAUGGAUCAAACAUUUAUUUGAAUCUGCAAAGAUCGGAACUAAAGGCUUAGAUAGUGACUCAUUGACAGUAUUUAGCUCAGAUGAACAUAUCCCUUAUCCUGUCCAAAGACAGGGUCCCUUUUUAAUCAGUCAUACUAAUCCCCUUGAUGGUGGAAUCGAAGCUACCGAUAUCCUAUUCAGCAAUGUUGGUCCAAUCAGCAUUCUCUCUUUGGCUUUGAAUAACGGAACUUUGCAUAAUUAUAUUAUUGGAAGUGAAAUUGAUGCUCAAUGGCAAUUACCUGUAAAGAACGCAAAAAAUAUUUGGCAAAGUGAGUUGGCACAUUUGCUAUCAGAUGCGGAUUUUCUCCCAAGAGCCUCCUUGUACGAAGUUCUCAAGUUAAAGUCAGAAAAUACACCCCCUUUCCAACGUGUCACUUUGGUUAACGAUCCCUUAUACAAAGAUACAUAUUACGCUUAUCAUGCCGGUGGUGUACAUGUUAUUUCAAUGAACAAAUGGGUACAGCAACUGGCGGACCUUAGCAACAGCUUUGAAGAGGGAAAAUCAACUGAAGGUGGAAUCAACAAUUGGUUAAAUCAAAAAAUUACAUCUGACGUUCGUCAACUUGUGAACUCAUCGCCUUUGCAAUCCGGAUUUGUACCUAUUGUUGGGUUUGUUUUAAUCAAAGAUAUGUAUUUGUCUUAUUCUUCCAUCACUUUAACCUCAGAUUACCGCGCCGUAACUAGAGAUAUGAAUAUGCGUCAUGAUAGACCUGUAUCCAAAGAAUCUCAAAAUGCUAUAAAAGAACAACUAAAGUAUGUCGGUGAUGCGGAAUCCAAAUACCAACCUCUUUUAUCUUUACCUGCAUUCCAACCUCCUAAGCAGCUGGAUGGCUUACCUAAACAAGCUAAAAUUAUAAUCCCUCCCAAUAUGGGCGGAUCCAAGGAUAUUGUGAUUACCGAGGAAUCACUCCGUUUCUUUGCCAAAUCUUCUGAACAAAUUCGUCGUGAAACACAUGAUUUAAAGAAGGCAGCUGUCAAGAUUGAUUCAAGAUUACUUAUGCAACAAAAGGAGUUUGAGAAACAAGUUACAGACUUAAGAGAUUUAUAUGAUCGCUUACAGCUCGCCAGGUCCGCUGAUAUCAAAACUGGUCAAGAACAAAAAUUAAAAGAACUUCAUCAAACGCACGCCAAAUUACGUUUAAGAAUCGAUGAACAGUUGCGCAAGUUAAUGCAAGUGUAUCAACCUGAUUUAUCUAAUGAGGAAAAGGAUUGGAUCGCCAAGUUAGAAAAGAUCGCAAAGCAAGUUGGUGGCGAGUCAGGCUAUGAUGCUCGCAUUAAGCAGCUAAAGGAUCAACUGGAACAAAUAUCACUCAAGUCAAGUAAGAAACCAAAGGCCACCGUUUCCAACAUUAAUGCCACUCAGCUUAACAACGUUUUGCGUACUUUGAAAGAGCAAAAAAGCUCUAUUACGGAUGUUAAGCAUAGAGUUGAAACAGUCAGCAACAAAUUACCUUCAACAGUUGCAUAAAUUUUCUUGUCACAAACCUGUGAAUUGCAAAAAAUAAAAUUAAAACCAUUUUUACAAACAA